GGAUGUGGGGUGGGAAAGAGAACAGGCGAGGCUGAUGCCAGGCUGGUGGGCCUGGUAGCUUCAAGGAUGGCGCCGCCAGCGCUGAGACGGUGGGUACUGGGGAGAGGGCUUGGGGCAGGCCGGGGCUCAGCUCAGUGGCCCCGCGCGCAGCUGGAGAGGCCCAGCGGCUGUGUAGGUGACCUGCCUGGUGGGCACUCAGCCCCUCUCACCACUGCCACAGGCCUCGGGGGACACGCUGGGGGGAUGGGCACCACCGCCUCCUUGGGGAAGCCCAGGGGCGUGGGUGGGGCUUGAGUGGAGGCCUGGGAGUGGAGCCUGAGCUUCCGGCUCCGCCCCCGCGGCCCAGCACACUGAGGGACAGGACGGAAUGCUAAUCGCCUCCCUCUGCGCCCCCUGACAGUCACUGCGUCCUCCCCUUUCUCAAUCAGAUUCCCUUCCAGAGACUCGCUGGCCAGCUCUCUCAGCUGGAGGAGCCACUGGGAGCCUGGGGAGACUCCUCCUCCCUGUGGGGCCUUGAAGGUAUGGGCCGCCAUCUGCUAGCGGUUCAGUCACCAGAGAGCGACACCCUCUCCUGGCCACCUGCCCCUGCGAAGCGGACGGGCGGGCCCUGCCCAGCCCUGUGUCUAGGUCGUUUGGGAAGCGCCUUGGAGAGUCAAGAAUAGAGUUGCAGGUCAAACAAUGGAUGACUGGAAAAGUCGGCUUGUAAUCAAGAGCAUGCUUCCCCAUUUCACCAGAAAGCUCCAGGAAUCGCCACAGGGACCCAUUAAGAGGAGACAGGAAGGAGACGACUUCCAAUUUCCAGGCAUGGCUGAUGGAGGUUACCCUAAUAAAAUUAAGAGGCCCUGCCUUGAAGAUGUCACCCUCCCCAUGGGCCCAGGUGCCCAUCCCAGUACCCUCUGUGCAGAGCUACAGGUCCCCACAUUAACAAUGACUCCUAGCUCUGCAACAGUGGGACCAGCUGGCCAGUCCUUACUACUCGAGCACAAUCCCAUGAAUGGCAGCGUGACAAGCUCCCAAUUCGGGGUGCAACCGACUACAGAAAUGGGGCUGAAAGGGCCCAGUGUUCCUUACUACGAGAAAAUCAGCAGCAUGCCAGCUGUAGACCAGGAGCUUCAAGACCUGCUGGAGGAGCUAACAAAAAUUCAGGAACCUUCUCUGAAUGAUCUAGAUCUGGAAAAGAUCCUGGGGAGCAAACCAGAAGACCCACUGGUCUUAUACCACACCCAGACACCGGUAGAGACACCACCCAAGCUUCCGGUUCAGAUGCCACAAUUAGAGGGCCUUGAUUCCGGCAAGGAGUUCGCUUCCAGUUGCAGCCAAGUGACUGGUGUGUCACUGCCAGUCCUGCCCUCCUCCACAGGGAUCAGCUACUCAAUUCCUUCUACCAGUAAGCAGAUGGCAUCACCCAGUUCCUCGAUAGCACAGGCCAAGAACCAGGCCAUGCCCCCUGUCACUGUGCCCCCAUUACCGGUGCCUCAGUGGCACCAUGCCCACCAGCUGAAAGCACUGGCAGCCAGCAAGCAGGGAUGUGCUACCAAGCAGCAGGGCCCCAGCCCCACUUGGUCUGGCCUGCCCCCUCCAGGCCUCUCCCCACCUUACCGCCCAGUGCCGUCACCACACCCACCGCCCCCGCCGCCGCCGCCCUUCAGCCCUCAGAGCUUUAUGGUAUCCUGCAUGUCAUCCAGUAGCUCAUCGAGUAGCACUUUGCAAGGCUCACCCAAUGCCUUACUCUCCAGCAUGGCGUCCAGCAGCAAUGCCACCCUUGGGCCCACCCUGCCCUACGCUCCUGAGAAGCUCCCCAGCCCGGCUCUCAGCCAGCAGCCACAGUUCAGCCCCCAGAGCUCCAUUCUUGCCAACCUGGUGUCCUCUACCAUCAAAAGCCCCCAAGGGCACCUGAUGUCUGCUCUGCCCACCAGCAACCCCGGGCCGUCCCCACCCUAUCGCCCGGAGAAGCUGUCCAGCCCAGGCUCGCCGCAGCAGUCCUUCACCCCCCAGCACUCCCUCAUCCGGAGCCUCACUCCCACCAGUAAUCUGCUGGGCCAGCAGCAGCAGCAGCAGCAGCAGCAAGCAAAUGCCAUCUUUAAGCCCAUGACCAGCAACUCAUCCAAAACCCUGAGCAUGCUCAUGCACCAGGGGCUGGCCAGCUCCAGCCCAGAAGCCUCCGAGCCGUUUACCUUUGGCAACACCAAGCCCUUGUCCCAUUUUAUUUCUGAGCCGGCCCCGCCAAAGAUGCCCUCCAUGCCUGCCACCUCUAGGCAGGCUUCCCUGCUCCACUACCUGCAGCAGCCCCUGCCGGCGCAGGCCUCAUCUGCCACUGCCUCCUCCACUGCCACUGCCACCUUGCAGCUGCAGCCACAGCCGCAGCAACAGCCUGAGCAUUCAUUCCUCUUGCAGCAGAUGAUGCAGCAACCCCAGCGCUUUCAGCGAUCGGUGGCCUCCGAGUCCAUGCCCACUCUGCCCAGACAGCAAGAGAAACAGAAAUCAGGUCUUAUGGCAAUGACCCCUAAACAGCGAAGUGCGUAUGUGGCCCAGCAGAUGAGUCAAGUUCAAGCCGUCCAAGAACAAGUCACCUCCAAGUGUAGCCAGACCAAGGCAAGCCCGUCAUCCAGCCAGCACAUGAUGCCGCCCAGCCCCAGGCUCCUUCCCAACAAUCUGACUGCAGGAGCAAUCCCACCCACCAGGCACCAGAGCUGCGAGGGCAUGGGCAUGAUCUCGCCAACUCCACGGAAGCAGCAAGGAACAUUCAGCACCGGCUCCCACUUCCCCACGUCCUCUCGCCCCAGCAAGAAACCCCUGGGCAGUCUUGGCUCUGUCUGCCAGCAUCCACAGAGUGCCAAGGCCGCCCUCCCAGGAGUGCUCCUGCCCAGGUUCUGUCCCAGCCCACUGGGCAGCCGGCCCCUGAGUCCCCACCAGCUCAGACAGCCCAGUGUGCCAAAAAUGCCCACUCUGUUGAACAAUGGCACAUGGGUGGCAUUGUCGGUGGCAGCUGUAACCACAGCAGUUUCAAGGGAACCAUCCCCGAGCCAAGUAGAUAACAGCAACUCCGGCUUUGCCAAGGCACCCAUGAAAGUGCCCCCCAUAGCCCAGGCAUUUCCAUCUCAGCAGGCAGUGGCACCCCCCGGGCACGUGAGCCCAGGAAGCAGGUCUGGCCAGAAGGGGAGCGGCACUACCCUGGCCAGCCCCAGCUUUGGCCUGCUGGGCAGCCAGAGCCUCCGGCAGAGCCCAGUGCGGGGCCCUGUGCCUGUGCUGAGCACCAAGUCCCUGCAGCAGGGCAUGGCCCGCUUUGCUCCCAUGAGUCCCAUCCAUGGCAGUGAACCACCAAGCUAUGUGGCUGCUGCCACUGCUGCCUCAGCCAUGGCUGCCAGCCAGUCCCUGGGUCCCUUCAACAGAAUGGGGACCCCCCCUGAGCUGCCACCCAGCGACUUCUUGCCCCAGCAGCCACUAAAUGGUCUGAUUUCGCCACCUGACAACGGUGAGGUGGAUUUCAGUGAAGCUCUCUUGAAAGGCUCCGGUGAGGGCCCGGAUGAAGACUGGCUGUGUAACUUGAGGUUGAUCGAUGACAUUCUGGAACAGCAUGCUGCUGCCCAGAAUACUCGCCAGCUCCCUAGGGUGCCAGGGGGCUUUAAAUCAGAGCUGGGUGUCCUGGUGGCGUUCUAAGAGGGGCCUGAAGCCUCAGCAAAUUCCCACACAGCCCAGACAGCCACACUCGGUCCUCAUUACCGAGUGGCGUCGCCCUGCCCACCCCCCUCAAGACCUGAGAUAAAAUGGAUGGAAAGCUGGUGAUUUUUCAAGCUACUUGUACAUAUUUGAAAAUUUUGUAAAUGGUUUUCCUAAACGUUAAUGACAGAAGUAUUUAUACUUGGUUUUGUGACUUUGUAAAUAAAGUGACGGCUUUUGUUUCAGUAGAGUUGUGUUUAUUCUGCUUUGUUUUGUGUUUAUUCUACAUUGUUACAAAUACGCAGGUUGUGCUGUCCACCCCAGUGAUACCUUGUGAAGCCAGGUGGCUGAGUCUCGCUGUGGUUUUGAUGCCCUGAGAGAUGUGGCUGUGGCCAAUGCGUGUUGUGCAAACUGACGCACGCCAAAUCGAAAACCGCUUGGUCACUGAUUUCCAUUCUCACUCCAAGCCCUAUUGCCUGGUAUGAUGCUUAAGCUCUUUUGCAAACCUUUGCAGUCUCCAAAAGCGAGCUCUUCCUUAAUGAGCAUUCGCUGCAGUAGCGACUUCUUGUUAGUACAUCCCCGAGACACCGCCACGAGGCUGAGGCUGUCUGUUAGAUAUGGGAGAGCUGCAGAGAAAGCGGGGAGCCGAGCAGUGUGUGAGCUGUCCCCUCCCUUUGGCAUUCAGACAGGAGAGAGCAAGCCCAAGGCAGGGGAAGGUGAGCUGGUCCUGCUUUCAAGUCUCCCCGCUAGUCCUGACGGAAGGCUCUGUGGUUGGGGGAGUCUGUGAACAUUAACAGUUGAUUUGGAGUUUGUCUUUGAUGGUUUCUAUCUGCAAUUUCUGUCAUGUAUAUUUAAGUGUCUGUUGUAGAAAACCCACACCCACUGUCCUGUAAACUUUUCUCAGUGUCCAGACUUUGUGUAAUCACAUUUUAAUUGCCACCUCGUAUUUUGCCUCCACAUUUGAGAUCUGGCCUCUGUUUCGAGCCCGUGCAUUUUGUUUUUCUUUGUUCUGUUAAUAAACAGCCAGGAGAAAAGUG